AUGGCUAUCACCGAAAGAGUUAUCCUAUCUGUUAGCGGAGGAGUUGAAGAAUGGAAAGACGGCCUCAAAUUCAUGCUUCAAACAUUGAAGACUCAAGAAGGUUAUCUUCGCACUCGCUGGGGACCCCACAGCGAAGAUCAACAAAAACUCGAGCUUCUCAUCGGUUGGGAAUCUACUGAAGCUUUCACCAAAUUUCAGGCAACCCCCGCCUUCCAAGACCUGCUCGCCCAAGUUAAACCCCACCUCACCGCUCCCCCAAACCUAACCCUCAUCGAAUUCAAACCCUACGCCCCCAAAGAAGUCAUCGACGCCCACUUCGUCCAAAUGCUCACCAUCGAACAAGGCGUCUCCUCCGAAGACGAUCUCCGCGCUCAAAUCACCAAGUUCAAAGAUCUAGAAGGCUGCACCGGGGUUGCAUCAGGUCUUUCCAAAGAUGAUGUGGAUGGAAAGGGAAAAUUGUUUGUAGCGGCCGUGGGAUGGGAAAGUUUAGAAGCGAGCGAGAAGGCGAGGGAUAGUAAGGUUGUCGUGCUUAGUGGGGCGGAGAGUCACCACGUGAACUUUAGAUUCCCGAUUAAGGGCUUCCGUGGGUUGUGA